AUGGCAGAAGAACAACCCAACUACGUGGACCCCACUGUCAACAAGGUCCCCAAUUAUGAGGUUUCUGAACACGCUUUCAUUCUGUCUCAGCCCAAAUUGAGCGCGCAACAUGAGGAGUCCCUAAAAUUCGUUAUGGACAAAGUGAAAGAAGAUGCUAUGGCUCCCUAUUACAAAUUUCUUUACGAAGAAUAUCUACCAAAGGGCACGAUCACAUGGGAUGAGGACCUUUACAAAUCUUUACUGGACCGCAACCAGCAGGAUAUCACCGAAUUGAAAGAGCAUUUGCAAGAGAUUGAGGAUAAAGACGAAGGAGAGUUGGAAAAGGCCCAAUGUUGGGUGAAAUUGGGUGAAUACUAUGCGCAAAUCGGUGACCUUAUAAAUGCAGAGGAUACUUUGAACAAGGCACUAGAUAAAGCCGUGUCCACGGGGUCCAAGAUCGAUAUCAUGCUCACCAUAACCAGGUUGGGUUUUUUCUACAAUAAUCAAGAGUUUGUGAAGACCAAACUCGAGCAAACGAAUAGCAUGAUUGAAAAAGGGGGCGAUUGGGAAAGAAGAAACAGGUACAAGACUUAUAAGGGAAUUCACUGUCUUGCAAUCAGAGACUUUAAAGAAGCUGCCAACUUGUUGGUGGACUCGUUGGCCACUUUUACAUCUGUCGAGUUGACGUCGUAUGAGAACAUCGCCACCUAUGCUUCCGUGGCAGGGUUGUUUGCACUCGAGAGAACAGAGCUCAAGGCCAAGAUCAUCGACUCCCCCGAAUUGCUGUCAUUAAUCACCACCACCCCCGCGUUGCAAUCCAUCUCUUCGCUGACGAUUUCCCUGUACACUUCCGAAUACUCUAGUUAUUUCCCAUACCUAUUAGAGACCCAUCGCAACGUUUUGAUUCCCUGCAAAUACCUCAACAGACACGCCGACUAUUUUGUUCGCGAAAUGAGACGCAAGGUUUACGCACAACUUUUGGAAUCUUACAAGACGCUAUCGUUAAAAUCCAUGGCCGGCGCCUUUGGUGUGUCUGUGGAGUUUUUGGAUAAAGAUUUGGGGAAAUUCGUUCCCAACAAGCAACUCAACUGUGUGAUCGACAGGGUAAACGGCAUAGUGGAGACCAACAGACCUGAUAACAAAAAUGUCCAAUACCAUUUCUUGAUCAAGCAAGGUGACAGUUUGCUGACAAAAUUACAGAAAUACGGCGCUGCAGUCAGACUCACGGGCACUGAUCGUGCGGCGUAA